AUUACAAAGGUAUCCUUGCAGAAGUAGCGCAUAUAAAUAUUCUUCAAGACCUAGGCCGGGUUUCGAGGUUUCUACACACUGCCCUUGCUGUUGCCCGGAAGCUUAUUGUCGCCUUUCAAAUUGAGCCUCUCUCUCCAUCAGAGAAAUCGAUUGAGAUUUAUAAGCAGUCUUGCAAGGAAGUUUCUCACCCAACUUGUCGCUAAUGUCUACCGGCCCUGGACUCGAGUCCCUUGUAGAUCAAAAUAUUUCAGUUAUCACUAAUGAUGGCCGCAAUAUAGUGGGAAUCCUGAAAGGCUUUGACCAGGCCACAAAUAUUAUCCUUGACGAAUCGCAUGAACGUGUUUACUCCACUAAGGAGGGUGUUCAACUACAUGUUCUGGGACUGUACAUAAUAAGGGGUGACAACAUAAGCAUUGUUGGGGAACUUGAUGAAGAACUGGAUUCGAAUCUUGACUUGGCAAGCCUAAGAGCUCAUCCACUGAAGCCACUCAUCCCUUGAUCAAAUAUGAAUUUUUUGGGUGGUUGUGGAGCAGAUAAUGGACCAAGUAUAGUUUGUUACAAAAAUAUGAUGGCCAUUGUACUAAGUUGGAAGGAAGUAAUGAUAUUAUUAUUAUUAUUAUUUCUUUUCUUUUCUUUCCUUUUACUUAUUUUCACAAUGAUGUAAGGCCUGAUGAUUGUGAGCCGAGAACUAUGUUAGAAAUAGCAGGUUUCCUCUUUAAUUUUGUAGGGGAUUUGUUCUUUCAGGAAAGUUGUGGCCAAGUUCAAAUCUCCUUAACGAGGAAAACAAGUUCCAUUUCAGCAGAA